AUGGUCUCCGAGGCCGAAGACCCCGAGUGGCUGGUGGGGAGUCUGGACGGUGCCCGUGGCCGCCUUGUCCGCCCAGCGCCGGCCACCAUUGCCAACGCCUCCCGCAUCUCCGACCUCGGCGCCACCACCCGGACAGAGCCCGUCGAGCCACGCGAGAGCCCGUCGUCGCGCUCGCGCGCAGUCUCUACAGACUUUGACCGCGCAGCCGCAGCGUCAGUCAUCGGCGCUCGCGACCCAGGCGCGCCCGCCCGCGCAUCACCUGCCCGCAAGCGCUCGGCGGCCUCGCGCAUCCGCCGCAUGGGAUACCUCCUCAAGCGCGGCGCCCGCUUCAAGUCAUGGCGACGGCGCUGGUUUGUUCUCCAGGGCGGCGUCAUCUACUACUUUUCCUCGGAGCACGCCUUUGACUCGGACGAGCGUGCCCUCGGUCUCAUUCCCGUCGCUGUCUACGCUCACAUCGAGGUCUGCGCCGUCCCGGACGGCUUUGGCUUUGCCCUCGUUCUUCCGGGUGCCCGCACCUACUACCUCGCCGCCGCCACCCGCGAUGAGCGCACGCUGUGGAUUGACGAUCUUCUUGCUCUUGGUCUCACCGUCCUUGACCAUGGGGUUGGAUUUUCUCGCCGUCCGACUCUCCUCUCCGGCGCGAGCGCGGGUUCGGGCUCGGCCGCCGCGCCCGAGCCCCAGCACAUGAUGUCGCACGGCGUCCUCGCGCGGACGCGCUUUGCUUAUGAUGGGACGGGCGUGUUUGUCAGCCCGACUGAGCUGCAGGCUGCGCGCACCAGCGACGCGCCGCACGACAGUGCCAGCUUCAUCUCGGGACCAGACACCAUGCCGUGUGCACUCUCAUUUUCGGUCGGUCGGCUCAUAACCAACGUCGAAAUCUCCACCGACAGCCGGUACGGCUACGGCCGGCUCGACGACGAAGUCGGUUUCUUCCCGCUUGCCGCAGUCACCAUCAUCUCGUCGCCCAUCGAGGCUCAGGACGGGCCGGCCGCCCGCGACGAGCGGCGGACGUCGAGCUCGGCUGGCCCCGCACCGGGCGCUGCCGGUGACGACGCCGAAGACGAGCCUGUGUUGGAAGCCAAUGGCGAGCGGCCAGAGAUCGACGUCUGCAAGUCCUAUUUGGACGAGGGCUGGGUCUCCGCCGAGGUCUUCCGCAUGGUCUCGGACCAGGUGGCUGUUGCGCUCGGACCGGGCGCCGAGUCGAGUGACCCGGCUCAGCACGAGUCGAUGUACGAGGCCGGGCUUGUGGCGUGGGACACAGCUGUUCGUACGCUGCGAGCCGAGGCCAACCCGCUCAUCGACUCGUCGCGCGCCUGCACGCUAACACCUGACGAGGUUGCGGCGAUCGACGGGCUGGCCCGGAUUGGCGUUCUCUCCAAGUGUGGCGGACGGGUCAAGUCAUGGCGCAAGCGGUUCUUUGUCAUGCAAGAGCUCACGCUGUACUACUUUCGGUCGGAGGAGGCGUGGCGCGAUGGUGCCGAGCCGCAGGGCUCGAUUCCGGUCGCCGAGUACGAACAGGUCGGCCUCCUUGCCGACAACGAGAUGGUCAACGGGUUUAUGAUCACCCGCUGUGACUCGCGCACUUACUUUCUCGCGGCGCUCACUCCAGUCGAUCGCGACGCCUGGGUCCAUGCCUUCCAGAUUAUCGGCCUCAAACUGGUCUCGCCUGGCCGGCUGCACCUCGCGGAGGCGUCAGAUCUCGACUCGGAUGGCGAGGCGGCAGCACCGGCGCCGUCGCCGGCCCGGUCGCGUGGCUCGUCCAUCUGGCGCUCGGACGCGUCGUACAAGCGCAAGAACACCGGCCGCCGCCGCUCGGUCUCGCUGCAGAACAGAGUCGGCUGGCUCUACAAGCGUGGCGGCAUGCGCAAGAACUGGAAGCGCCGCUACUUUGUGCUGCAGGAAGGCGAACUGGCGUACUACGAGGCCAAGGUCCUUGUCCGUCCGCUCAAAGUCAUCAACCUCCGCGAGUACUACGAAGUCGACUUUGCCGAGUCCGAGUCGAAGCGCGCCCGAUUUGGCUUUAAGAUCACCGGCGAUGGGCUUCGGACCUUUGUCUUUGCCGCCGCCACCGAGGAGAUCCGCGCCCAGUGGGUGAUGGCCUUUCACCAGGUCGGCCUUGUCCGUGCCUACAGUGUUGUCAACUCGCCGAACCCACUCUAUGCUGUCCGCGCACGCUCAGUCUCAUUGCACGAGCCCGCGCGCAAGCUCUCGGACGUGGCCGAGGUUGCAGCACCAUCAGCCGCCGCCGCCAUCUCUGGUGUCCGGCCAGGUCGCUCUGCUACAACCUCCUCGCGUCCAUCGUCGCUUGCCUCGGGCGGCUCGGGUGAUCUCUCGCACGCCGACCACGUUCACGCCGACGAUGGCGACGAUGCGUCUGAAGUCUCGUCGAGCUCGUCGACUGACGAGCCUGACGACGAUCUUGACGCCGGAGAGCCCGACGACAGCGACUCGAGCUCGGGGCAGUAA